CUGCCUGCAGGAACAGUCACCUGUUACAGGGAACACUGACUGGUGGACGGGAAAAGAGAAACUGCUGGCUUCGUGCAGAAAAGGGGCUUUAAAUGAGGAACAGCUGAAAUCCAGAAAGUUGCAGAUAAAAGAACGCUACUGGGAGACCAGACAACCUUUAACUACGGCUCGCUGCCCGCCUUGAAGCCCAAACCCUGCAUGGAGACAAGUGGUUACCGGAAAGUAAAAUGGCGGAUGGUACUGUGUUACACGCUGUGUGUGCUGACUCUGGGAAUCCUGCUGGUUAUCUUCCAUUGGAAACCUCGACUGUAUGUCCUGAUGAUCUGCAAAAACUGCCCGCUGGCUGAGGCAAACUGGGUCAUCAUUAAGGAUGUGUUUGGACAAAUCUCUAUAGCCGAGGUGAAGACGGAGCACGGCGUGGACCCCGGCCUGGAACAAGGUCCCAGAGACCGUCUGGAUGCGGUAGAAAAUGGCAGCGUGGCUAUUGCUGUGGCUGAGGAGGACGAUUUUAAGGACACAAUCCGGCUGCAUCGCAAGGAGGAGAGUGAUGUGCUUCGGUACUUUAUUCACGAGGGUAUGCGCUACAUCUGGAGUGAUCGGUCAAUGGAUUUCGUGACGGUAAGUUCGUUAACGGAUGGCUUGACCUGUGGGGAUUUGCACAGAUUCAAAUCAGGACUGAGUAUCGCAGAUCACAACUCACGGAAGCAACUUUAUGGCCCUAACGAGAUAGAUGUCCAAGUGAAAUCCUACGGGAUUCUAUUAAUCGACGAGGUGCUGAAUCCAUUCUACAUAUUCCAGAUAUUCAGCGUCAUCCUGUGGUUUUUCGAGAGUUAUUUCUACUAUGCCGGCUGCAUCAUAGUCAUCGCUGUGGUGUCAAUCUGUAUCUCUCUGUACGAGACCAGGAAGCAAAGUAUGACGCUACACAAUAUGGUGAAAGUGAUGGUGAGCCUGAAAGUACGACGUGCAAAUGGAGAGGAGGUUUUCUUGAGUUCUGAGGAUCUUGUUCCUGGUGAUUGUAUUAUCCUCCCUGUGGCCGGUGUGAUGCUGCCGUGUGAUGCCGUCCUGCUGUCCGGAGAGUGCAUGGUGAAUGAGAGCUUACUAACCGGCGAGAGUGUUCCCGAAAUGAAGACUCCUUUACCCGAUAGCGUGAGCACCGCGAACACCUUGUAUUCUUCUGACGAGCACAGACGGCACACGAUUUUCUGUGGGACACAAGUCAUCCAGGCCAAAAGCUAUGUGGAGCGAGAUGUCUUGGCGGUGGUGACAAAGACAGGUUUCAGCACCAUCAAAGGCAACCUCAUCAGCUCAAUUCUUCACCCCAAACCCAUUAAGUUCAAGUUUUACAGAGAUGCCUUCUUGUUUGUCCUCGUCCUAGCCGUGUUUGCAUUCUUUGGAACCAUUUACAGCCUCGUAAUACUGAUCAGAAAUAAGCUUCCUGUCUAUCAGUUAGUGAUUCGUGUUCUUGAUGUGAUCACCAUCGCCGUCCCUCCGGGAUUGCCAGCUGCCAUGACUGUGGGUACAAUCUAUGCUCAGGGCCGUCUGAAAAAGAAAGGGAUCUUCUGUAUUAGUCCCCCACGUAUCAAUGUGUGUGGCAAGGUCAAGAUGGUGUGUUUUGACAAGACAGGCACUCUGACCGAAGAAGGGCUUGAUGUUUGGGGAGUCGUUCCCCUGGAUAAUGUAAAUUUCCUGCCCAUUGUGCAUGAACCUCGAUACCUGUUGGAUGGGCCUCUGCUCUAUGCCCUCGCUGCCUGCCACUCGGUGACCCUACUAAAUGGAAGUCCCAUCGGUGAUCUCAUGGACGUAAAGAUGAUGGACUCAACAGGUUGGACCCUGGAAGAAGGUGAAACAGAGGAGCAAUUGAUUUCUAUUUUCGGCACAAAGAUUUUAACCAUGAUCAAGCCACCCCCUGGUGACGAACAGCCCCAUGGGCCGAAACACCAGGUGCCGGUGGGCGUUUUGCAGCGCUUCCCAUUCUCCUCCGCGCUGCAGCGAAUGAGCGUCAUUACCAAACUACCAGGAAGCUCGCACUGUGAUCUGUACAUAAAGGGAGCCCCAGAGAUGGUUGCCAGUCUGUGCAGGAACGAGACCGUGCCCCCGGAUUUCUCUGCCAUGCUACGCCAGUAUACCCAGGAUGGGUACCGUGUUCUUGCAUUUGGAUAUAAAACGCUCCCUUCAAUCAACUCGUUUGAAGACGCUCAGGCGAUGGCUCGGGAGUCUGCCGAACGUGAUCUCACUUUUUUGGGAUUUCUUGUGAUGAAAAAUGUUUUAAAACCGGAGACUGCUCCCGUUAUCUACGAACUGCGCAAAGCAGAGAUCCGAACUGUCAUGGUGACCGGUGAUAACAUGCUGACCGCUGUAAAUGUUGCCAAGAGCUGCCACAUGGUGGAGUCCACUGAGAAAGUGUACUUUGUGAAUGUCUCUCCUCCUUUGUACAGUAGUGCAGCCACUCUGAAAUUCAUCCCAUCGGAGUCGUCGCCAGGGGAGGACCCCCGAGAGGGAUUGUACCAGCAAGGAGGGACCUUCCUCAACAAGGAGCCCUUUUGCUUUGCCAUGAAUGGAAAGUCUUUUGCCGCGUUGACGGAUUACUUUCCAGAUUUACUGCCCAAAAUCCUUAUCCAUGCCACCAUAUUUGCCAGAAUGUCACCUGACCAGAAAACGCAGCUGGUGCGCGACUUCCAGGAGCUGAAUUACUGCGUAGGAAUGUGCGGGGACGGAGCGAAUGACUGCGGCGCACUUAAAGCAGCAGAUGUGGGGAUCUCGCUCUCUGAUGCGGAAGCUUCUGUCGCGUCUCCCUUUACCUCCAAACUCUCUAACAUUGAGUGUGUGCCAGCUGUCAUCCGGGAAGGACGCUGCUCUCUCGAGACGUCAUUUGGAGUGUUCAAAUACAUGGCAUUAUACAGCCUCACUCAGUUUAUAACCGUGCUGGUCCUAUACACCGUGAGCACUAAUCUUGGCGACUUCCAGUUCCUGUUCAUCGACCUGGUGAUCGCUACAUCUGUGGCCAUCUUAAUGGGCAGAACUGGUCCUGCCGAUGAGUUGGGGAUUAAACGCCCACUAGGAACCCUAAUUAGUAUCCCUGUGCUGGGGAGUCUCAUCCUGCAGAUCCUGCUAAUCUGGAUUGCCAUCCUUCUGUCUGUCUUUAUUACCCAAUCACAGAGCUGGUUUGUGCCCAUAAAUGCCACCAGCACAGCUCCGCAGCAUCUGCCAAACUAUGAGGACACCACUCUAUUCUGCUUGUCCAUAUUCCAGUAUCUGAUCCUGGCCGUCGUUCUGUCUAAGGGAUACCCCUUCCGAAAGCCACUUUACACCAAUAUUCUGUUCUUGCUCCUACUAUUCGUCUUGCUCGUGCUGGCAUUCUGGAUAAACCUCUAUCCCCUGAAUUUCAUGAUAUACUUGCUGCAGUUGAAGAACAUUCCCGACUUUAACUUCAAGUUUGUGAUCAUUGGACUGGCGGCCGUGAACUUCAUCGCUGCCUUCCUUGUAGAGACCGCCCUGGACCACGGAUGCCUAAACUGCCUGCGGCGCCUACGAAAGAAAAAAGAGUCAAAGAAAGUGUAUAAAAGAUUAGAGAAAUACCUUCGUGGUCAGCAUUCAUGGCCUCCUCUAAACCAGACAUUGUACCCCAGCUCUAGUCAUGCUGCUCUGAAAAGGUAGCAGAACCCACACUGUCACAAGUUUGCAAUCUAUGCAAACGAAGAUUAGGUCACAAUGCCACGUUUUCCCAGCAUCCUUCUAACUCUGCUCUUUUCUGGGGACCCAAAUGGAGUAUAGUUUUAACGCCGGGAGCAGAGCUUUAUCACGUAGCCAAAGUUUCCAAACAAAAUGUAUUUAUUUUUGUAGAUUUUUAAAAGACAAGGAAAUCCUUGGAACCACUGUUUGCGAAGGAGUGAAGCCAAAGUCUGCUGAAUGGGAGAUCAUGUCUUUAUUUAAACUACUGUUUAUGCAGCGCCAAAUGUGAAAUGAUCGUGUCUCCAUAACACUGGUAAUAAAUACAAUGUUUCUAUCCACAAGGAUCCACUAAAUGGGAAAAUAUUUCCUGUAACACUGGAAUUGUUUACGGUGUUGAGAAGAAAAUUGAAGGAUAAAGGGUUUUGGGAUUUUUCUUUUUUUUUUUUUUUUUUUUUUUGCGUUGGAAGCCUGUAAAUGUUAACAUCUCUCCUAGAAUCAGUUUGUUCUGUUUAAAACCAUUAUAAAUCAUGUUUUACUUUUUAAUUCCCCUGCAGACAGUGGAUCCCGCAAGCACCAGUCAGGGAUAUUCGCUAUACUGUGAAAUGACAAUGAAUAAUGCCACUUCCUAGAUUGGAAUAGCCAAACUGCAAAAAGUCUUAAGUCCUGCUGUCUCAAGUCUUCAUGUUUAUUUUUCCCUUGAACCAAAUAACCCUUAAACAUUACUCCUGCUGCACUGAUGCACUUUUCCCUCUAAGAAAAUGAGAUCUUACAUGUGUUAUUUGUCAGUGAAGAGAGUCUGUCGUUGCAUUUUUUUAAUGAGACUGUACCCAGUAUACCUGUCUGCGUCUUUCGACUAAUCCACUUUGGAGAGAAAACGUUGUGUAACUUAAAAUACAACGGGUUUUCUGCAGAUUAUACGAGUCGCUAGAAACCUGACUUUUGAUUCUAUAGAAACAUUAAAUGUUAUUAAAUAAAGAAGUGUAUUGUUUAUUUAA